UGUUAUGAUUCAACCAGUCAUGAUCCCAAUCCCGCAAACCCCCUUCCGCACCCACAUGCCACAACAGAUUUCCCCAAUGAUUCAACGAGUGCCAGAACAAAUGCAAAUGCGACCACCAGUACGCCCUCCCAUGUACCAGAUGGAAAACAUUAGGCCACCAAUGCCACAUGUAAUUCAACAACAGUUACCACCCAUGUUCCAACAGCAACAGCAAGUUCCACCUAUGUUGCAACAGCAAGUCCCUCUCAUGAUUCAGCAGCAACUACCCAGACGAGAACAACAGUAUCCACGAGUACAUAUGCAAAUUCAGGUGCAACCACAGAUGCCCAUCCAAUCGCAAGGACCGCAGAUUCAACAGAAUGAAUUACCCCCAAACCCCAUUUUGCAUCACAUUGUGCAACAAAUCAUCGCUCAGAAAAUCAUUGAGAGUCAGAAAUUGCGAGAAGAGCAGAUGAAGGAAGAGCAGGCACAGGUACAACAACAGCAACAAGAAGAGCGACAACCGCAGGUUGAGAUGGAAGAGGAACGUCCACAUCGGUUCGAAGUUCCUCCUCAGGUCCCUCAAGUACCUUCACAAAAUCUGAUAGGUCAGAGGAUCCCAAUUCCCGAGGAAGUCUUGACCCAAUUGAAUAGACUCCCUAAUCGUGAUGUGAUCGUCGCCGUUGCCGAAAAUGAUUCCGAAGAAACACCACAGGAUGUUCGUUUCGUUCAGGAACAAAGACAAGGUGCAACCGAAAUGAACGGUAGACAGACUUUUGCUCGUGGUCUUCCCGUGAACAUCCCCAUAGCGAUGAUGCCCCAAGAGCAUGAAUCUCAAGAGCAAGAGCAGCAGGCAGCUUCUUCAGAAGAAUCACGACCCCACUAUGUGCAGCCCAGAUCCGUCUAACAAGUAAACCUUUGAAAAGAAGAGGAACUUGUGCUCUAACCCAUAAUACACAAGGCACAAACUACCAACCAUCACCAUAUAAUCUUUUUAUAAUCAAUAAGUAUAUUCCAUAACUUUCACUAAUUAGUUUUCUUCGAUGUAAAUACCUGCUAUGAUUUAAAAACUGUUUAUUUUCAAAAACUAGUAGCUGUGUUUAUUCCAAUAAUGAAAUACCAUUUUAUUGUAUAAAAUAGGAUUUCUUAAGAGUAAAUGUUAUGUAUAUAAGUUAAUUUUAAAAAGGUUUUUUCAGGUUA